AUGACUGUUCUAGGCAUUAACACUAAUGAAUACAGCAAAUUGAGGAGUGAUUAUAAAUAUUAUAUCGAUUCAUGCAAUGCAAUUUAUAGGUUAAAUACGGAAAAAGAUGGCGAAAUAAACUCAAUUUACAAUUUGAUCAAAACAGAAUUAAUUGAUUCAAAGAAGCAUGAUGUGCAAACUAUUAUAAGAAAUGUUUUAAAUGCGAUUCCGUAUAAUAACCGCUAUACAAAAUCAUACUUGAAACUCGCGAAACUUAUAUAUGAUAAUAAUGAGGUGAAAGGGGUUAAUAACAUCGAUACUGAUGGUUUCAAAGAAAUAGAACUAAAUUAUAUAGAUAUUCAUUCAGAAAAUUCAAUUUAUAAAGCAAUUAUGAAUAAUGAUAUAGAAAACUUAAUAUGCUUCAUAGAAAGAGAAGAAUUUGAUCAAGAUCAAAAACUUAUAAGCACGUUAUAUCCAUAUUCUCAAGAUGGAUAUUCAUUGCUUGAAUUAUGUUGUUACCAUGGAGCAGUUGAUUGUUUCAAGAUUUUAAGAACAGAUUGUGACUCAGAAAUAACUCAAAAAUGUCUCGAAUUAUCAUUUUUAGGGGAAAACAAAGAAAUUAUGAGUGAAUGCUUGAAAUAUCAAAAACCAAAUUGUAAUUGCAUGGAAUAUGCAAUUAUUUCUCACAAUAUUGAUUUUGUUACAUUCUUGAUGAAUGAAUUCAAUUUAAAGAUCGAUUUAGGUGCUUGUGGAUUUUAUAAUAAUCUUGAAUCAUUUUUGGUUUAUUUCGAUCAUAUUAAUAAUUUUAACGAAUGUUUCAUCCAUUCAACGAUGUUUAAUAUCCCAUCAUUUUCAGAAUACUUUUUUCAAGAGUUAAAGACAUCAAUAUUAAAAAUAAAUAUGGAAUUACGGCUCUCCAUUAUGCAGCUUUUUUCAAUAGUAAAGAAACAGCCGAACUUCUUAUUUCACAUGGUGCAAAUAUCAAUGAAAAAGAUGAAAAAAUGA